CAGCAGUCAUACAGUUAGGUAUUUUGUUUCAAACUCUAGUCCUACCCUAAGCAGUGACCAACAUAAAACAUCAGAACUGGAGAAUAAAGAGAAGAAUAUAGUUGCCUUGAGAGGCAGUUCAACUUCAUACGACAGGAUAAAAACAAUCUGCUAUAAGCCAAGGGUUUCAAGUUUAAGGUAAAUGCUAGCAGGCAUCAGUUAUUGGGAGAAAGGUCUUUUACAUUACAUUAAUGGCUACAAUGGAAGUUUGCAGAUUCUUGAUGUUCAUAUUGACCGUUUUCAUCUCCACACCUUCUGAUGCCCAAUUCUACGAUUAUGUGGACCCUGAACUCUACAUUUCAAUUUACAAUGAUUGUCCCAAGGAAUGUUCUUGUCCUAUACAGUUUCCACGUGCUUUAUAUUGCGAUAAUAAAGGCCUGACAGAAGUACCAGUCAUCCCAUCAAGAGUUUGGUAUUUGUAUCUUCAUAAUAACCAAAUUAAUUCACUCAAAGAAAAAUCAUUUGCAAAUGCUACAGAAAUAAAAUGGAUUAAUUUAAACAAAAAUAAUAUCAGCAGCAAAAAUAUUGACAAGAAUUUGUUGAAAAAUUUCAAGAAUUUACUUUAUUUAUUCCUAGAAGAUAAUGAUUUAGAUGAAGUACCAGCACCAUUGCCAGACCAUGUAGAGCAACUUCGUUUGGCAAGGAAUAAGAUCUCAAAGAUUCCUGAAGGUGUCUUCAGCAAUCUAGAAAACCUCACAUUGCUGGACUUACAGGACAACAAGCUCACAGAUGGUUCUUUUCAGGCUGAUGCCUUUGCAGGACUUAAGAAUCUUAUGCAACUCAAUAUUGCUAAAAACACACUUAAGAAAAUGCCAACAGGCAUUCCAUCUAACACCAUACAAUUGUAUUUAGACAACAACAACAUUGAAGAAAUCCCAAAGAAUUACUUUAAUGAAAUACCCAAUAUAGCUUUUAUUAGACUAAACUACAACAAGUUAGCUGAUGCUGGUGUACCCAUCAACGUGUUCAAUAUUACAUCUUUAUUAGAUUUGCAAUUAUCCCACAAUGAACUGACAAAUAUACCCAUGGUUAAUGGCCACCUGGAACGUCUUCAUCUUGACCACAACAGAAUAAAAAAUAUCUCUGGAAAUAUAAUAUGCCCAAAAGAAGUCAUAGAAGAAUAUGACCCAUAUUUCCCGCGAGGACCUCGACUUCGUUAUUUGCGCCUGGAAGGAAAUGAAAUUAAGCCGCCAAUUCCACUAGAUCUUAUCAUAUGCUUUAGACUUUUGCAGGCUGUUAUCAUUUAAAUAUUUUUGCUGGUAGUUGGUUUCCAUGAAUAGAGUGUAAUCACUAUGACAUAUUUUACAAUCAAGGAACACUAUGCUAUGUCUUUUCUAAUUCUAUCUUCUUUAUGUCAUUACAUCUUAGAGUAACCCAAUCAUUUUCCAAUCUAAUAUAUAUAUAUAUAUAGGUAGCAUAUCAUUUCAAUGCAUUUUUUUCUAUUCGAAUUUAGAAAUAUUUGCCACCUUUAUACUAACUCUAAUUAGUUGUUUCCAAUAGAGGCAUUGCCAUUUUAUUUUACUUGUAUUAAAAAAAGGAGGCCAGCAAAUAUUUAGUGAUUAAGACAAAAGGAGAAAUCUAUAAUGACUAUGUGUCCUCCCUUAGCUAAAGAAAAAUGGUAUUUAUUUUAAUUAAUAACAGCUGCAUACUGUUACUGUAUUCAUUUUGUCUUUACAUUACAUUGGUGGUUGGCUUGUAAAG